CGUGGUGUUUUGGGUCUCAUUUAGUCGCAAUGACCCAACCACGCCGCUAGAGGGCAGAAGCGUUGUGAACCCCAGCAGUCAGUUGUGUGUUUACACUUGUUGCAAUGGCGACCAUCACCGAGCUCAAGUGUGCCGUGAGGGACACGCUGGAGUCGCGUGGCGUGCUGGGCCAGCUGAAGGCUCGUAUCCGGGCGGAGGUGUUCAGCGCCCUGGAUGACCAGCGGGAAGCCCGCCCCCCGCUGUCCCACGAAAACCUGCUCAUCAACGAGCUCAUCCGAGAGUACCUGGAGUUCAACAAGUACCGGUACACCGCAUCGGUGCUCACUGCAGAAUCGGGCCAGCCUGAUGUUCCCUUGGACCGACAGUUCUUGGCGAAUGAGCUGAAUGUCACAGAGGAUGCGAGCUCCAAGUCGGUACCUCUCCUCUAUGGCCUGAUGUGCCACUUUGUGAGCAGCGGGGAUCCAGGUGGGAAGGUGUUUCUGCGGGGGGGCUCCCUGCCGGCUGCUACUCUUGCCGGCAACACUGGACCUGGCCUGGAUGCUUAAAAGUUGAUGAACGUCACGGGAUGGACUAAACGAUGCCUUGGCCCACUCUUCGAGUGACGCAAUGUUCUUGGUCAAUAGUUUUUCACUGUAUUCUCGCAGCAUGGACUGCAUCAACUGGGCAGAUAUGAAUGCAAAGCAAGUUGAUUCAUGCAGCAAGGUUUUCCCAAAUGGCUUUUUUGUUUAGCUUUAAUUAUCUGGCUGUAUCAAUAGGUAUGGCACCAGUCAUGGUGUUACUGCAUUUAAUCCACUUUUUGCAUUUUCCCCAUUGUUAAAAAAAAGAAGUUGUUUGACAUAUUUUUAUACUCUCAUAUUCUCUUUUAGUUGUCAAAUAUUAAAUGUUUUAUAGUUUG